AUGCACCUGCCGGGCUGCGCCCCCGCCAUGGCCGACGCCAGCUUCUCGCUCGCUGGCCACCUGCUCCGAAGUCCCGGUGGGAGCACCUCGCGGCUGCACAGCAUCGAAGCCAUCCUGGGAUUUAACAAGGACGACGGGAUCCUUGGCUCCUUCCAGGCGGAGCCGGGCGCUCGGGGCGCGAAGGAGCGGGAUAGGAGGCCCGGCGCGCGGGCCACCUGCUCCAAGGCGCCCGGGGGAGGCGCCGAGCCCGCCCCGGCACCCGCUCCAGAGUACCAAGCCCCUCGUCCCUACUGCCCCAAGGAGCCGGGGGAGACGCGGCCGAGCCCUGGGCCCGCCGCCGGCGGCGAUGCGAAGCUAUCCGAGGAGGAUCAGCCCAAGAAGAAACACCGACGGAACCGGACGACCUUCACCACGUACCAGCUGCACGAGCUGGAGCGCGCGUUCGAGAAGUCCCACUACCCCGAUGUGUACAGCCGCGAGGAAUUGGCUGGCAAGGUCAACCUACCCGAGGUCCGGGUCCAGGUGUGGUUCCAGAACCGUCGGGCCAAGUGGCGGCGGCAGGAGAAGCUAGAGGUGUCGUCCAUGAAGCUGCAGGACUCGCCCCUGCUCUCCUUCAGCCGCUCCCCGCCCUCCGCGGCUCUGGCGCCCCUCGGGGCGGGCCCCGGCAGUGGUGGCGGGCCAGUCGGGGGCGCCCUGCCGCUGGAGUCGUGGCUCGGGCCGCCGUUGCCCGGCGGAGGCGCCACUGCGCUGCAGAGCUUGCCCGGCUUCGGGCCGCCAGCGCAGAACCUGCCCGCCAGCUACACACCGCCGCCGCCCUUCCUGAACUCGCCCCCGCUGGGCGCCGGCCUGCAGCCUCUCGUGCAGCCGCCGCCAGCCUACCCGUGCGGGCCGGGCUUCGGGGACAAAUUCGCGCUGGACGAGGCGGACCCGCGGAACAGCAGCAUCGCGGCGCUGCGCCUGAAGGCCAAGGAGCACAUCCAGGCCAUCGGGAAGCCGUGGCAGGCCCUCUAG